AUGGAGGAAGCUUUACAUUUCCACAACAGACGAGCUUUGGACGGCUAUUACGUUAUUGACCAGCAAACAGGAAGCGAAUGGGGCUGCAGCGAGGAAAAGAUCGCUGCCUUGGAGCAUAUCAUACGAAAUGCUCGGGAAAUGGCCGCUGCGGCUUCAGCAGUACUCGAGCGGCCAGGUUCUGAGCAUUCCGAAGCUUACCGGAUGUGGCUCGGAGGGCCACAAAACCGUCUCCAUGAUAUGACUUACAAGAACCUCAGUCCAAAGGGCCUGACGUAUAUGUGUGCUGCCGCAAAAAAUCAAGCCUGCACUGAUGGUACCAUUGCUUCCACUCUCCAGCAUGGGGUCAAUGGUAUCUGGGGCAACAUCUUUCUCUUGUGCGAUAGGUUUUUCAAGCGAUCAUCCUACGAAAGGAUGUUGCGGAUAUGGCGGUCUGAGAGAAUACCCAUGCUCGCUUCAGCCUUUACCAUUAUUCACGAGUCGCAGCACAUGGGUGCUAUCGUGGGCAAAUCAAGACGAUGCAUCGACGUCAAGCAUCCAAAACCGCGCCCAGAAGAUACUAGCCCUCUCUGCUACCACCCCGACUGUUGUGCCACGCUCCCGAGUAAGGAUAAAAUCAUAAACGCCCAAAACAUGGCGUUCUUUGCAUUGGAGGUUACCGCAAACCCCGAACGAGGCGAACCGCCCGGAAGAUCAUGCACGAUCAUGAAAAGAGACACGGGCGGCCUAUUCUCGGGAAGGCUGGAAGGCCUUGUGUCGAGGGCUGGCCACUUUGCGAAACCCAAGCAUGAUGGCAACAUGCUGCGUAGGCAGGCAGGGUCUUUUACCACGUCCGAGAUACCCUGCGCGUCUAGACCACCGCUUGCCAUCCCCGUCGGGGGCGACGCACUGCCUGAUCGAGAAACCCUCCCCCAGGCAGUCUUCGACAGGAUGUUCCCCAAGGAACAAGGUCGGGCGUCGACGGUCGCGGCAGGCGCCCCUGUCGCUUGUGAUAACUUCGAUUUGGAGAAGUACGGGUACUGCUGCCCCGGUCCCGGCAGCUCGUGCGAGGAUGACUCAAGGAAAUGCUACGUUGGAGGGGAGGGUGUCGGUGAGGGAGCUGCUGGUGUUGUACCGGCCGGUGCGCGAUGCCCGCCUCCUCCAGGUGCUGUGUUCUGA